AUGAACUAUAGUCGGUGUUCUCGUGUGGGACUCCUGGGACUGCACGACGCUAACUUUGUAUUUAAUGUUCGUGGCACAGAGGAGGGCGGCACCCCCGAGCGCCCCGCCCCCCACCCCGCUCACCACCCCGCGCCCCACCCCGCGCCCAAGGGAGGAGCCGCCGACGCGAGCGGCGAGCGCGUGGACUACAACGCGCUGGACUUCGAAGCGGACACCGAGCACGACGAUGAACAUAACUUCCGGAAACGCAAAAAUGAAGGCUCCCCGACGAGGACGUCCUCCCGGGCAGAGAAACUCGCCCUGGCGCUCGGAGUCAACCCCAAGCACGGGGAGGACAGCCGCGACAGCUACCGCCCCCCGCGCGACGCCCGGCGCGACCUCCCCCCGCGCCUCCCCUCCGCCGUGACCCCCGCGCCCCCCGCCGCGCCCCCGGACCCCGCCGCGCCCUACGACCCCGUCACGCUGCUGCGCUACUCGCUGCACAGGGACAGGAAGGCAACCGACACCAGGAAAGAAGAGCUCGAGCGAGCUGAGCGCCGCGACAAGGACGACAAAACUGACCGCCACAAGAGCGACAGAGACGACAAGCAUCGCAAGCGUUCCGAGUCCAGGGGACGCGACCGCAGGCCGAGCGACGGGGACCGGCGCAGGACCCCCGACCGGGAACACAGGGGCCGGGGGGACAGGGACAGGGCGCGGGACCGGAGGCGGCGGUCGCGCUCCGACGACAGGUCCAGCUCCCCCCGACAGCGCCAUCGCAAGAGGUCCAGAGAGGCGCCCGGCUCCGACGCCGCCCGCCCGGACGACAAGCGGAAGGAGGACGAGCGGAACGAGGCGCGCAAGGAGCUCAUGGAGAUCGUCCGUCUCAUCAAGUCUCGACAAAAGAACAGGGAGAACAAGGCGUCCGCAGUGAGUAAAGACAAGGAAGCCGGCGAGUCUUCCGGCUCGGAGCCCGAGGCGUCGCCCCGCGCCCCCGCCCGCGCCCCGCCCCGCGUGUAGCUGCACCAACACGUCACUCUACAUAAAUAUGGCCGAUGCAAUAUACAAAAGUUAUAUCAAUGAGGCGCCAGAUCCUAACACCAAUUCAAUAAAUUCACUGACAAGUAAUCGGUUAAACAAGGUUCCGUAACAAAUGAUCACGUUGCCGGAGCGCCGCCCGCCCGCGCCGCCGCGCAACCUCGCAACCUCAUGUCGCGUCGCGUCGUGCCGCAUCGUGCCGCGUGGUGCUGCGUCGUGUCGCGUAAUGCUGCGUCGUGCCGCAUCGUGCCGCGUGGUGCUGCGUCGUGCCGCGUCGUGCCGCGUGGUGCCGCAUCGUGCCGCGUGGUGCCGCGUCGUGUCGCGUAAUGCUGCGUCGUGCCGCAUCGUGCCGCGUGGUGCUGCGUCGUGCCGCGUGGUGCCGCGAGAUGCCGCGUCGUGCCGCGUGGUGCUGCGUCGUGCCGCGUCGUGCUGUCGCGUUAAAUUUUAAAAUAUUUGUUGUUGUUAUGACUCGUCGUUUCACAAUUUUAUCAAUAUACACUUUGUAACUUUACCCGAUUUAAUUACCACUUGGUAAUUAAAUCGUUUUUCCUCGUGCAUUUCAAUCGAAGUUUGCGUGCCAAUUUAUAAGUAUAAUUAUUAUUCACCUAUUUGUUUAACAUAAGCUCCUGCAACCCGGGUAUACCAUAUUUUGGUUAAGUUAAAAAUUGUGCAUGAUAGGUUGGAGUGCGCUGCGGUAAACUUCAGUUCAAAUAAUUUCCCCGUAAAACGAGUGACGUCAUUGUAUAAGACUCCAGUUCCUUCGAGAACAUUGUUUGUUAAUUAAAUCAUUUUAUUAAGUAAUUCGCGUUAAGAAUGCUGUUAAUGAAGUGCUGACCAAUAAACUAAGAACAGCUUUCAAUUUUGUUCAUUUAUCGGUAGGAUUAAACUAAAAUCGUGGUGGAACUCCGAGAGCACGCUUCCGUUUUUUUUAAAUAUCCAUAAUGAAUUCAAAAUAAUGUAUGUUUGUGUUGAAUGUUUUAUGACAAUAGUUAAAGUUAGUUUGGUGACAUUUAAUACAUAGUUCUGUGUGACCUUAGUGUGACUAAUUAUAGAUACAUGCAUGUGUUAACUGAACUCACGCGACAGAAGUGAAACUUCUCUACGAAGGCCGAGCCCCGCGGCGCUCCACAACACACAUUUGCGCGGCACACGAUAGUAAAGCGGAUGUCCCCCCCCCCCGUCUGUACGUGCAGUCGAGAAGUGUCACUUCACAUAGUCCGCGGCGGCGGGGGGAAUGUUCAUGAAAGGUUGAACGGUUGCUCUGUGCUCAGUUUAACAUUGGUGAGUGUCGAGUGUAUCGGAGCGCCCUCCCGCGGAGCUCGCUGUCCUGUUCAAUAAACUUGAUGAACUCUGAAA